AUGGCUUCCAACGGUAACAAGAUGCACGAGUCCGAGAAGGUCAACACCAACAUUGUGACCCUCACUCGCUUCCUCACUGAGGAGCAGGCCAAGCACCCUGAGGCUACUGGUGACUUUACCCUGCUUUGCCACGCUCUCCAGUUCUCUUUCAAGUCCAUCGCCUACUACAUCCGACGCGCCACCCUCGUCAACCUAACUGGUCUGGCUGGUUCCUCCAACAUCACCGGCGACGACCAGAAGAAGCUCGACGUCAUCUCCAAUGACCUCUUCAUUGAGGCCAUGCGCUCCUCGGGCAAGUGUUCGCUGCUCGUCUCUGAGGAGGAGGACGAGAUCAUCUACUUCCGCGACGCCAAGGACGCUCACUAUGCCGUCGCCUGCGACCCCAUUGACGGUUCUUCCAACCUGGACGCUGGUGUCUCUGUCGGCACCAUCUUUGGUAUUCACAAGCUUCCUCCCGGUUCCAAGGGCUGCAAGGAGGAUAUCCUGAAGCCCGGAACUGAGCUGCUGGCUGCCGGUUUCACCAUGUACGGUGCCUCGGCCCAGCUCGUCAUCACCAUGCGCGGCGGCACCGUCAACGGUUUCACCCUUGACAACGGUAUCGGCGAGUUCAUUCUGUCGCACCCCGACAUGCGCCUCCCCAAGUCGCGUGCCAUCUACUCUGUCAACGAGGGUAACUCCUUGUACUGGGAGGACAAGACGAUUGGCUACUUCAACUCGCUCAAGCUGGCCCAGGAGAACGGCAAGCCCUACAGCUCGCGUUACAUUGGUUCCAUGGUUGCCGACGCUUACCGAACCCUGCUUUACGGAGGUAUCUUUGCUUACCCCGCCGACAAGAAGAGCCCCAAGGGCAAGCUCCGUAUCCUGUACGAGUGCGCGCCCAUGGCUCUUGUGUUUGAGAAUGCUGGUGGCCAGGCUGUCGACAGCAACAUGAAGCGAAUGCUCGAGGUGGUACCCGAGCACAUCCACGACCGAGCCGGUAUCUUCAUGGGCAGCUACGACGAGGUUGAGCGGGUCAAGGCUUUCCACAAGUAA